UGCAUUCAAAUGGCUUGCACGUUAAUCAAUAUAUGAAAUAAUAGAAAUUCUUUCAUGAGUGUACAUGAAUGCGAGUUCAGAAAAGAAAGAAGAACGCAAUGAAACUCAAACAAUUAUAAAUAAAAUGUUCUGUUUAUAUAGAACGAAUUGUGUUGUGGUGUAGGAAAUAAGGGUAACAAAGUGAAAUAUUCUACAAUGAACUGAGAGGUGUUUUUUUUAAAUCUUACAAAUGGCAUACUCUUUCGCUCGUAGCGGAAGAGAAAGUUACGGAGCUAAUAGGAACCAAAGUCCGGAAAGACGAGGUGAGGACAGUCUAAGUGAAUCGCGGAAUGAGUCGGGACCUGAAUAUUUGGACCUUGGAUUUGCGUGGUUAAACGAUUAUGACAAAGCAGGAAAUUAUCGCCCGAAUGCAAAUCGUACGGAUGAAUUAACUCAAACUCGACAGGAAAAUCCAUAUGGUUGGAACGCUUUAGGACCGACGCGGCGUGUUCCUUCACGAACCUCUGAAGAAAGAGAUCUUCGACAAAGUACUGGAGAUGAUUCACGACAAAAUGGUGCAGCUCAGCUAAGACAAACAAACAAACGUGGCAUCCGACAGACAAACAGAGGUGAUCUACAACGAUCUACUGGAGCUGAUCUUCGGCAAACAGGUAGAAAUGACUUCCAACAUACCGAUAGCAAUGGUGAUUUCCGACAAACAAGUAGAAAUGAGCUGGGACAAACAAGUAUAAUUGAUACCCGGCGGACACAACGAGAUGAUCUCAGAAACACGAGAACUAAUGAGCAUAGAGUCACCGUACAACUCGAAAACCUAUCGGAGACACAGAAAGAGAAUCCCUAUGGUUGGAGAGCUUUGGGCCCUACACGUCGGGUCCCGUCUUUCACAACAGGAAUUGAGGAUAUAACACGUUCAAACAAUUUCCGUACAACAAUAACAAACAAUGCAGAUACCGUGGAUGAAAAUCCAUACGGUUGGAAAGCUUUAGGCCGAACAAGACCUCCGCCGUCUCAUAGCCCUAACACUGAAAGCACUGCUAGAAAAUCGAGGAAAAGAACGUACCAAACAUCCUUUGCUAGAAAAGGCUCGCGUACAUCUAGAGGAGAACAACAAAGUGUAACUUCGAACGAAGCCAGGAAAAUAAAACAUGCAAUGAGGCUUUCAACUUUACCGGAAGAAAAUAUUCGAAACGGAAGUAACACGAGAGACAGAGAUUUUCGAGCAACAGCUGUAGACGGAGAUGCCAUAAGUACAACUGAAGGUGGAAUUCUCACAGGAACAACUGGUGGCGGAUACCUCCGUGGUACAACAUAUGACUAUCCAUAUGCAAGGAAUAAAAUACGAAAGUCAUCACAGGAACGUAAUUCUAGACAACCUGUGAGCAGUGGUACUCCUGAACGUAGACAUAUUGUAUGGGCGGGAACACACACUCCUGAAGAUACAUCAAGACAUUGGACGGACAUGGCCACGGACCAUAGUCUAAUGAGAAAAUGGUAUGAGCUCUUUGCAAAGAUCAAGAAACGGUGGGCAGCAAACUACAGAGACCCGUCUUUAUUGUCCGGGCUAUCAGAAGAAACGGAUUUUAGACCUGCAACCAUUACUACAAGAACAUUGAACAAGAGAAGACAAGUCAGCGGAAGAAGAAAGCUGGCACUUCUAGGCGCUGUUGUCUUCAUAAUCUUGCUUGUAGCCAUCGUGGUACCUGUAUCAAUUUUGACUGGACAGGCAUCUGAAAAGGAGUCUCCUUCACCAAAAGACGACAUGUUAUGGGAAUACAUGUUCCAGGCAACUAUUUUGAAUAGAGUUUUCAAAGAAGAAAUGUCAAAUAUUUUAACUGAGGCGUUCCAGAAUAUAUCACGGCCUUUCUGUUAUCAGAUUGAUGAUAAUUCUGUAAAUUUGCCGUACGAAGGAUGUAAAGUCACAUUAUUAAGCGAAGGAAGCGUCGUUGUCAACUUCAGUGUGGUACUCAAAGCCAGUGAACAAAACCCUCCAGCUGAGAUCAAUGUUAAAGCUGCUUUAGGGUUAAAUUCAACUGAACAAUUUCGCCUAGGCCCAUUUGAACUAUCCGGAAAUGUAACAGUUCUACCUAAAGUAUUGAUUCAAAACGGCAGUAAUCCAAUUCCAAACGAAAAGGAUUUCAACAUGACUUGUACUGAUGUUGACUUGUGCAAGACAAAUUUCUCUCUCUGUAUUAACGGUACUUGUUCGUGUCCUUACAACAGGUACCAUGAGGAAUCAUACGAUACGUGUAUGCCUAUUUUUUGUGGAGAAAUUCCAGAAGUUGCAAAUGGAACAGUAAAUGCCAGUGGUAGUUUUUACGGAAAUAAGUUGACCAUAGAAUGUGACAUUGGCUAUGAACUGUCUGAAAACAUUUCCGUGCCAUGUACUUCAAACGAUUCCUGGAAAACACAUCCAACAUGUAACAUUAUCCAAUGUGAAGACUUCAUAAUACCGGAUCAUGCCAUGAUAGAUUCAGAAACUUUUCAAAACAGAACUUUUCAGGAGGAGAUAACUCUUUCUUGUGAGGAAGGUUUUGAACUGACUGGAGGAAAUAAAACGACUUGUCAAGCUGACAAGACAUGGAGUAAUGUUUCAAUGUGUGACCGUAUCAAUUGCACGGAACCUGAUUUUCCGGACAAUGUUUUCAUAUCUUCAGAAAACAACUCCUAUGCAUUCGAAUCAGUCAUUAAACUCACAUGUUCUAGUGGCUAUAUAUUAGAAGGAGAGGGUAAUAUAUCCUGUCAGGCAAAUAAAACUUGGGCGGAAUUUCCAACUUGUACACCUGUUACGUGUCCAACUUUCCAAUUUCCAGAUAACGCCGCUGAAAAGAAUGUUACCGAUAAGAUAUUUGAAGACAGAAUUGUUAUAGAAUGUUUGAUUGGGUAUAAUAUUAGUGGAAACGACACCGUUGAAUGUUUAGCUGACGGUACAUGGAGCGAGAGUCCUAACUGCACCAUAAUUGAUUGCGGUGAUCUUGAAGAACCAGUUAAUGGUACAAUUAAAUCUAACAACGGAACAAAGUUCAACAUGACACAAACAGUAAGCUGUAAUGAAGGGUUUAAAUUGAAAGAUGGUGGAACGGGAAUUGUAACAUGCACCCGAUAUGGAAAUUGGAGCGAUAUUCCCGAGUGCGAAUUAAAAACGUGUCCAAACGUGAACGCACCAGAAAACGGUAUAAUCGCGGGUGAUAAUUCUACAACCAUUAAUUCAGAACUGAUAAUAGAAUGUUUCCCAGGGUUUGAUUUGGUUGGAAAUAGCAGUGUAAUUUGUAUGGAAGAUGAAACCUGGUCCGAAUUUCCGAAAUGCGAACUCGUGAAAUGUGGACAUCCGAUUAAAAUUGAAAAUGGGAACUAUCUAAAGAUAAAUGAAACAACAUUUAAUUCCACUAUUUCUGUGGAAUGCUUGGACGGAUAUGAACUAAGUGGAAGUGCUACAAUACUUUGUGAAAGCACGGGAAACUGGACAGGCUCUCCAAAGUGUCUUCCUAUAAACUGUUCAUUAACCAAUAUAUCUGAUAAUUUCAAUACAAGUGGUUUACAGGACAAUUUCUUUUCUGUAAAUUCGUCGGUUAUUCUGAACUGUAACUCGGGAUUUAUCAUGCAGGGGAACAAUAACAUUAUUUGCCAGUCGAACGGAAGUUGGACAGCAAUCCCAGAAUGCACUCCGGUUGUUUGUCUAUUGUUUGACAAACCGAACAACUCUAUGACAUUCGAUUUUAAUGAUACUACCGAUUUCCAUUACUCAGACAUUGUGAAGAUCGAAUGUAAUAUUGGCUAUAACCUAUCAGGAAACGAAAGCGUAACUUGCAAAGAAGAUGGUAACUGGACAACAGUUCCUGAAUGUUUAAAAGUGCAAUGUGAUUCGUACAAACUAGAAAAUGGACAGACUGGAAACCAAACAUUUUACUCUGAAAUUCUAGACAUAGAAUGCGAUUUCGGGUACGAACUUUCUAAUAACAAUUCAGUCAUUUGUUCUGAUGAUGGGACGUGGACUGGUAACUCCACCUGCGAAGUUAUUGACUGCGAGGAAUUCACUCCGCCAGAAUGUGAAGUAAUACCAGCUGUAUAUUUCAGUGAGUCUGCAACGACUGCACAAAUAGGUGACCCUGUACAGCUUCAGUGUAUACUUGUUGGCACCUCACCAAGUUCAGACAUAGUUAUCUCCAGAAACUCAGCUAUCCAACAAGGCAAAGAACAUGUGUGUAACGCAAGCCAAAUAGGACAUAUAAACUGCAGCUUUGAGGAAUCGGAAAAUGGUGAUAAGAUGACGGCCACUAUCAGUGUAGACCAAGUGGAAUGUAAACACGAAGGAACUUAUUACUGUGAAUCGGCGUCGAAUAAUUCUUUAAGCGCAGCAAUGAAUCUUUCUGUGACAAAUCCAGCGGAAGGAAUACCCAUGUUGACACUUCAGCCUGAAGUGAUAACUAACUGGACGGUGUCUGAACACAAUAUAACAUGCUCUGCAAACGUCGGUUAUCCUGCCGGAGAUCUCCGGAUAGAAUACAGAUCAGAUAAUUUCACCUCGUUUGAGAUAUUUAACCUUGGAAUUGAGGAAACCACUGAAGACAUAGCAGACUGUUCUGUGAAUAAAAGCAUAGCUUUCAGAGAAUUCGCCUACACAGAGAAAUUUAAUAACACCGAAAUACGGUGUGCUGUCUAUAACCAUACCAACGAUACCGUACCGGUCCAAAUUUCUAAUACGAAAACAGUUGAACUUAUUUAAGAAAAUGGUUGCAGUCCACUGGCUUUGAAUACCAUUAUCAUCCAUUAAAUUGUUAUUUUUAUAAGAUUCGUGAUUUUUGUCAACGUCAGUGACGAAUACGGACAACAAUGUACAGAAAUCGUUGAUUACACCGCUGCCCCGUGAUAAAAACUGCACUUCCCUUGGCAGCUGAACCAAGAGACAUACCGUGUGACGUUGAGAAACAUAAAUAGCGCCUAUAGAUAAAAUUACCAAAUUGCAAUAUUUUUUAUAAGUAAAGGAAUGUAUUUAUUACAUUAUCAUGUUUCAACAAGUGUAUGGAAACAUGAAAAGCUGAUGUAAGAUUUUCUCUGUUUUUCCUUCUUUUAUUUUACAAUUGUUAACAACAUUUUGUCCCAAAUGUAUGCUGAACUUCAAAAAUGUAUUAUCAGUAUGUUUUAAGACAUUUGCAAAAUAGCAAAUGGCGAGUUCGAUGUUCUGUUCAGUAUAAUGGUCGGCAUCAUUUCUACCGUCAGUAUAAUGGUCCGUAUUAAUUCUCCCGCAUUGAGUGUACGCACAGUGGCGUACGCUAUUUUUCACUACUACUCCUGCACGAUAAUUUAAACGACAGCAUGUUUAUAUUAUUGUUUGAUUAUUAUGGUUGCCAUGCAUCGUUGAACUCAAAAAGGUUGUCAAUGGUAGAAGUUACGUGAAUACUGUAAUGAUAUACAAAAAUGUUUUCUGUAUUGAAACGUUUUAAUGAAGAAAUAUAAUUAUCAAACAUGUUAUCGUUUUUGUUAUCGUUCGGGAUUUAUACAUUAGUAAUUUAACAUUACAAUGUUAUUAAUGUUGUUAUGUUUACUUUUUGUUUCAUGGUCACAUGAUAAGAAGGUUCAGGUGCUGAAAAUGCCAAUCUGUUCUGAAAAUGUAAUGCACACUUGUCAUUUAUCUGUUCAUAUUAUAUGUGUUUGAAUCUAUAUCUGAUAAUAAGCAGCCAACUUCUAGCUAGCAUUAUAUAACCGCAAAUUUGAAAGAAUAAAAAAUGGCAAAGCCAG